GUAUGAUGUGGCAUAAUAGUGUUCAGUAUAUUAAUCAGUCAAAUCAUAUAUAAACUAUUUAUUAAAUCGAUAAAGUUAGCAAACUGUACAUCAACUGUCGAUUCCAUUAAAAGUGGGAAAUUCAAAUUGUAUUCAUACGGUGGAAUAAAAGUAUUAAACUAUCUUCUGUAACAAAAACUUUCAAAGCUAACUCCUACUACAUAUUAAUUAUGCCUGCACCUCUAUCAACUAUUAACAUUCAAUAUCCUUUUUGUUUUUGUAAUUCAAUAUUAUGAUGAAUGAAGAAACUGUGUGGCAGGAAUUAUCAGAAAUACUUGCCGAUCCCCCAGAAACGAGAAAUAAAUGUUCGCAAUGCAAAUUUCUUGAAAAUAAUACGAAGCACGCCAUUAAUAUAUUUUUACAGGAGGCCAGUGCCAGUAUGUUGGUGUCCUGGAUUGCCAAAACACCCUGUAUGUCCUGCAUCGAAAAUAAUAAUUUUACAGCAUCCAGCUGAAGCAAAACGCUGUUUACGAACUGCACCUAUGCUUGCAUUGGGCCUUGAAUCUGGGAAAUGCGCAAUUUUCAGGGGGAAAAAAUUUCCAUUAUCUAAACAUGAAGGUUUGACAGAAAUUUUGAAUGAUAAAAAUACUAUAUUGUUAUAUCCAUCUCCUGAUGCCGUAGCACUUGAUAAAUUAAAUCCAGUUGGUAUCGAUGGACAAAAACCAUACAAUCUUAUUUUGUUAGAUGGAACUUGGCCACAAGCAAAGGCAAUAUACCAUUCAAGUCCAGCACUUUGUGUGUUGCAAGCAUGUAAAUUAGUGGGAGUACCAACAAGUGAAUAUGUUAUUAGAACUCAACCUACUGAAGGUUGUUUGUCUACACUUGAAACUGGUGCAUUUGCACUUUCAAUUUUGGAAGGAGAUCCAGAAUUAAAGGAUAAAAUGCUUGGACCCCUACAUUAUCUCUGCAGGUUUCAGUUGGAAAAUGGAGCUGUAACUCAUCAAAGUAAGGAAUUCCUUAUUAAACAAAAAACAUACCCUAAGCUUAUAGGGAGGAGACUAGCUAAACAGUUACGAAUGCUACCUGAAGAAUCUACAUAACAGUUUCUACUAAGUAACUUAAUAUAAUAGACAAAAUACUAAUUAUAGAUACUUACAGAGAUUCAUUCUAGAACAAAUGUGUAAUUUUGAUAAAUAUGUACAAGGAUAGUAUUUCAUAAAG